CGCCCCGAACAUGCGGCAUUCCCUGCGUGCGACCCCGGGCUGCGGAGAGGCGGCGGCGGCGCGAGAGGGAGGCGGCGGCGGAGACGGUCGGGUCCCGGCGCGGAGCCCUAAGGGAGGCUGCUUGGCGCGGCCUUGGGUAUUGUAGAGGAGGAUGCUGUCCCGAAAGAAAACAAAAAACGAAGUGUCCAAGCCGGCCGAGGUGCAGGGGAAGUACGUGAAGAAGGAGACGUCGCCUCUGCUACGGAAUCUUAUGCCUUCAUUCAUCCGGCAUGGUCCAACAAUUCCAAGACGAACUGAUAUCUGUCUUCCAGAUUCAAACCCUAAUGCCUUUUCAGCUUCUGGAGAUGGAGUAGUUUCAAGAAACCAGAGUUUCCUUAGAACUCCAGUUCAAAGAACACCUCAUGAAAUAAUGAGAAGGGAAAGCAACAGAUUAUCUGCACCUUCUUAUCUUGCCAGGAGUCUAGCAGAUGUACCUAGGGAAUAUGGCUCUUCUCAGUCAUUUUUAACAGAAGUUAAUUUUGCUGUGGAAAAUGGAGACUCCAGUUCCCGAUUCUAUUAUUCAGAUAAUUUUUUUGACGGUCAGAGAAGGCGGCCACUUGGAGAUCGUGUACAUGAAGACUACAGAUAUUAUGAGUACAACCAUGAUCUGUUCCAAAGAAUGCCACAGAAUCAGGGGAGGCAUGCUUCAGGCAUCGGGAGAGUUGCUGCUACAUCUUUAGGAAAUUUAACUAACCAUAAUUCUGAAGAUUUACCCCUUCCUCCUGGCUGGUCUGUGGACUGGACAAUGAGAGGGAGAAAAUAUUAUAUAGAUCAUAACACAAAUACAACUCAUUGGAGCCACCCUCUUGAGCGGGAGGGGCUUCCUCCAGGGUGGGAACGAGUUGAGUCAUCAGAAUUUGGAACUUACUAUGUAGAUCACAUAAAUAAGAAGGCUCAAUACAGGCAUCCCUGUGCUCCUAGUGUACCUCGGUAUGAUCAGCCUCCUCCUGUCACAUACCAACCACAGCAAACUGAAAGAAAUCAAUCCCUUCUGGUACCUGCAAAUCCAUAUCAUACCGCAGAAAUUCCUGACUGGCUUCAGGUUUAUGCUCGAGCCCCUGUGAAAUAUGACCACAUUCUAAAGUGGGAACUCUUCCAGCUGGCCGACCUAGACACAUACCAGGGAAUGCUAAAGUUGCUCUUCAUGAAAGAACUGGAACAGAUUGUUAAAAUGUAUGAAGCCUACAGAUACGCUCUUCUCGCAGAGCUGGACAACCGCAAGCAUAGACAGCAGUGGUAUGCCCACCAACAUGAUUCUGACUUUGGUGCAGGAAAACCAUGAUGAUACAGAUGUCUGUUGCAGCAGCAUGUUCUAGGAAGGUUUUGGGAUUGACUUCAAAUAGCCCCUCCUCCACCUCUUGAGGGGCUAUUUAAGACAGUGACUCAGAGGAUCAAAUUUCUACUUCCUUCUUUUCCCAUAGUACCACCAACUAGACUCUUCAAAGGCACAAGGUAAAUAAAUCUAUUAGUUAUAAUUCUAUGAUAAAGAACAUAUUUAAGUAUAGUCUUAAUGCUGAGAGAAUUAUAACUAUUAUUUGCUACCUGCAGACCAUAAAAGUUCAAAAGUCUAAUCUCCAAAAUUUUAUGAAGAAUCUCAACUUUAGCUUCACUAAAUUCCCCUAAAUUCUCAUGAGAUAAUUGAAGACAUCUCCAGAAUGACAUAGUGAGCUGAUCAUUGUUCUAUGUGUGUUUAUAAUUGUCUCCCUAUCUAUAAUGUUACUUGGAUAAUGGACUGUGAUGAUCUUGGCUCCCUAGGAUAUGACUAAUUAGACCAGAAGGGACACCUGACCCAUGAGCAGCUUAUCAAGAAGUUGACCAUUGGUUAGUGCUAUGGCCUGAUGCAUCAGUGUAGCUCAAAUAGAGACAAUCUGAAGUAAUCAGAGAUGAUGAUAGAAUGAAUUAUAAUAAUGGCUCAUAUAUGCUAAGAAAGCCAAUGUUAGUUAAGUGAUAGGUUGUCCAUAUGAAAUAUUGUUAACGCAAUCAGCUAAAUAAAAACUCAACCGUUUCCUCAUUUAUUUUAACAGCUUUAACAUUUAUAGGUUAAGAAAAAGUAAAAACACUACUUAAAAACCAUUAAAAUGUUAACUGGAAAACAAUUGUGAAAAACUUAACAUACACAGUUAGUUGUUUGUAUUUUGCCAUCUUGGCAGA